AUGGAGAUGGAACCCGAGCAAGUGGUCAAUGUCCUUCACCCAGAACCAUUUUAUGACAAGUCAAGGCGCGCAAACGGAACUGCGAUUGACGACGAGGAAACCGUAGGAGCAGCAAAAGUCUUCAGAAGGGCCCAAGCAAUGAUGCCGUUUAUUAACUUCGAAUCUAGUGAACUUUGGCAGGAUUUGACAGGGACCGUAUUUCCGAGAUUGAAGACUACUGUUACUCCUACACCUGGAGACGUGAUUUUUUGGAUCAAUGUCAAUGUUGACGAAACUGAGGCACGCGGCAGUUUGCAUGGUGGCUGUCCAGUGUAUAGAGGAGAGAAGGUAGCAGCAGUGAAAUGGAUUCUAGUCGACGAACAGGACAUAUUUCAAUCUCCACACGAAGACGGAACAUUUGCCAUCGAGAAGCUUAUUUAUCCUCACACAUAUUAUUACGAUACGACUCCAAUGUAUGGAAAAUGCGUAGCUAAAAAGAAGCAAGCUUAA